CUCCCGUACGACCGACGGCCGUCCGUUCCCCCCGUCAGUGCUACCAUCAGCAGCGAUUUCUGGGCCUCUGCGGCGACGAUUCAUCAUGGCGUCUGUAGAGGAGUUGGAUUACGAGUCUGUAGAGGAGUUGGAUUACGAGUUUGAUGUGGAGGAUCUUGAGCCUCAUUUUUACGGCAAGUCGUCUGUAGAGAAGUUGGAGGACAAGUUUGAGGUGGAGGGCUUCAAACCCUUUGGUUACCACGAGGCUACAUGGGUGGGCAGGGCCAAGGAGGAGAUGGAGAGGCAACGCCGAAAUAAAGAGGACAAGGAGCAAAAGGAAGCAGAGAAUGAGCGGAGAGCCAAGGCGCACAAAGAAGUCAGGGAUUCAAUCAUAGAGUAUGAUCCCAAGGUGGGGCACAAAGUCUUCACUCGCUUUUUCCUCAGAGAUUUCUCCGUCUUCGACAUCAACGAAAAGUCGCCCAUCCCGGCAAUGCGAUACACCGAUAGUAGGCACGAAGAUGAGUUUCGGCUAGAAGACUCUGCAAACAUUCUCUCUGUCAGCAUAGUCUCAUCAGAUGUAGGCUUCCCAGUAAAUGUCUAUGGCAGUGUCAUUGCCAGAGAUAGCAUCGACUACAAGUGCAUUUAUCUCUUACACCGCCAUAGAGAUGAUUGCCAGCCCAUCAAGCUACAGGAUGAAAUGUUGGUGUUAAAUGGCCCAGGACGAGGUUUAGUGUUGGUUGAUUUUAUCUAUCUAGAAAUAGAUCUUAAGAUCAAGGAAGAUGGCGUGCAUCCAGACAGGCAAUUUAGCAAGGGUCUAAUCAGCAUUGAUGGGCGAGUACUGUCUAGGGAGAACGAUUUGGUGGUUGCAAGUGACACCCUUGAUAGCUGGCUCAGCAGUGUGGAGGUGAGAUUUGCAACUGUUCUAAACUCAGUCGAGGGCACCUUUCAAAUCCAGCUUCUUGAGGGGCAUUACUAUGGAACCAUUACUGUUGGCAUCUCAGGCAUCGAACACAGGAUUGUGAUUCAUGAUAGCGAGGCGGAUGGUGUGGUGACAUGUGAUGAAAGUGGAGCUAUCACACUCCGUCGUCGUGUCAUGACUCUCUGUCUAUUAAGCAGAAAGUUGGUGUUUCACAUUGAUAAUAAGGCUGGUGGUGUUCUGGGAGAACAAACCAUUGAUUUCACUCCAUCCCGCACUGGUGCAGAUCAAGGGGAAACUUGGUGUGGUGAUGGGAAGUUCCAGGUGAGGGUUGAUUGGUCCUUGAUGGACUACAUGCAGUAACCGUGUUGACUUGUGAGUAAUUGAUGCAAUGGAUUUCACUCCAUUUAUUUAUAAAGCCGGGCUAUGAGGCCUUUUGUUUUAAAA